AUGGGUGUUGCCUUGCACCUAGGCCUAGCAGCUGCCUUACUUUCUGGCCUCGUACCUUACUUGCCCAGCCCAAGUACUUUCCCCUCGAGCAAGUCCGCCGGAAGUACGGACACCCCACAAAUUAGAAGCUGCAAUGACAAUGGUUUGAGGAUUGAAUGCUUUAUUGCCGGUGACAACAACACAACCACAGGGGCGUACAAGAAAAGAAUAUUUGACGAAUAUAACAGUCAAAUAGGUUGCCACGGUAGUACGGCGCAAUUAAGAGGAGAUUCGGAACGGGGCUUUGAGUGGAACCAGAAGAGGCCGAGUGGAUCUGACAGGUGUGCACCCCCAAGAACAAGGCGUGUCGUGCAUCAUGAGUCCGUCGUUCGCAGGGAGCAUGCAGCAGUCACAAGGGUCUUUAGGUCCUCUGGUCCGGGGCUCUCGGAUGCUCUCAGGAAGUUCCCCGUCCGCCUCAGACUCGGGGAGCAUUUCGGCGAUGUCAGUCUGCGUCGGUCCCCCUCGCAGCCUUGUUGGAGGUCGGUCUCACCGCUUCCAGAAAAAAAGAUGCGUCUGGUUGCCGUGUGUCUAUGGCUGGUGGCAGGGACGGUGGUGUCACUGGAGAACGGUGGGGGCAUCCUCCAUGAGGAACAUUUUCCACCCCUUCACCUUAAUUGUAGCCAGAGCCUCACAGACCUGAUCUUGCUGCGCCAAGAAAUCCAGCUGAAAGAACUGAAGGAGGAGGAGAAAGCGUCUGCAGGGAUCUUGAGGGAGAUGGCGGACAUCUUGACUGAUAUCAAAAAUACUUUGAGGCAGAACCGCACGUCAGGAGUAUCUUGCCCAGACAACUUUAUGAACUUCGGGGACACUUGUUUAUACCUUGCCAAGGACAAGGACGUAAACUGGGAAACUGCUCGGGUCUACUGCCAGGGCUUGGGAGGAGACUUGGCCGUGUUCCGAGACGCCAAUGCAUACGCAGAUGCUCUUGGCUACGUUAAGGCUUCAGGCAUUGAUGGGUCGUCGGAUGUGUGGGUGGGCGCGAACGACCUCUCACUGGAGGGGGAGUGGAAGUGGGUGACGGGUGAAGACAUGCCAAGAGGAACUCCCUUUUGGGGACAUCAUAAUAACAAUCGCGAACCGACUGGUGGAGCAUCGCAGAACUGUGGCUUCCUAAAGGGCAACGACGGCUUCCUGAUCCACGACGCACCCUGUGAUUGGAAGCGCAACCCUCUCUGCCAGAAGAAGCACGAUCAAGGACAUGUAUCGGAUUAAGUCUCUCUCUUCAUCGGAAGGAGUUUAUGUUAAGCGAAAGGAAGCAAAUGACAUAGCGACCUUCAUAAUGUGUAGAAUACCUGCGUUUUGCACACACAGAACACAUAUAUAGGAAUAGAUAUCUAUGCGUAUACCCAUUUCCAUGUGUUAAAAUGCAGUCACAGGGUUCAUUCUGUAGUACCUUUUCGUGUAUAUUUUUUCGGAUGUGCUUAUUGCCAAUGUUAUAGAAUUUUUAGAGAACUCUUCCAUUAUUCCCCGCUUAUGAAUAAAAUCCCAGCUGCAAAAA